GACGGCCCCCAGAGAGGCAGAGGCUGGCAGAGAAGUACCCUGGCGCCUGCCGCCUGGCCACCGGCACGGCAGUCCGCCCCGCGACACCGCCACCGGGCUCGCUGCCCAACCCCUCUUUCUUCCCGCCGGAAAUCAAUCUCUCUCCACCGGCCACCACCGCGAUCCCCGAGCCGACCGUCCGCAUCCAAUGCUCGAAACCCUAGCGGCCGCCCCACGCCCUCACCGGCCACCGCAACCAUAAGCCCCCCGAUCCCCACCUCGCAUGCUCGUCACCCCCUGCUCCUUCCUAUCCAUCGCGCGGAACACCGCCCGCCUCCGCUUUCUCCUCGCCGCUUCCGCUGCUCGCGCCGCCCGCCUCGCCAUGUCGACCGCGCCGCAGGCGGCGGCGGCGGCUGUCUCCGUCGAGUACGCCAAGUCGGGCCGCUCCACCUGCAAGGGGUGCAGCGGGGCCAUCGCCUCCGGGGCGCUCCGCCUCGGCGCCUCCACGCCCGACCCCCGCGGCUUCGACGCCACCAAGUGGUACCACGUCGCCUGCUUCCCCUCCGACGCGUCCCACCCGCUCGGCCCCGUCGAGAGCAUCAAUGGGUUCGACUCCAUUAAGGAAGCCGAUCGAGAGGAAUUGCAUGAGCUAGUGAAGAAUCGCGAGAGGGACCAGACUGCAGAACCAAGUCCAAAGAAAGCAAAGACUCAGAUGCCGUCCCCUUCAGAGGGGGUGUCAGAUAAGGCAAGUGUCUCUGUUGAGUAUGCGAAGUCUGGCCGCUCUACAUGUAAAGGCUGCAGUAAGAAUAUUGCCAAAGGCGCCCUCCGCCUUGGUGCCUCUUUUCAUGAUCCCCGCGGCUUUGAAAAUACCAAGUGGUACCAUGUUGCAUGCUUCCCUACAGCAUCAUACCCUGUAUUUCCUGUGGAGAAUCUGAAGGGGUUUGAUUCAAUUGAGGAUCAUGAUCGUGAGAAACUGCAGGAGUUAGUGGAGAAUCACAAGAGCAUAGGGGACUCUAAUGAAGUUACUGAAAAGAAUCCAGAAGAAUUAAAGAAUCGUGAUAAUAAGGUAGACAAGACAGUCAAUCCAUUGGAUGAGCCUAGUCCAAAGAAAGUAAAGACUCACAUGUCUUCAUCCAUGAAGGCGGUGUCUGAAAAGGCAAGUGUCUUGGUUGAGUACGCAAAGUCUGGUCGCUCCACCUGCAAGGGAUGCAGUGAGAAUAUUGCCAAAGGCGCCCUCCGCCUCGGUGCUUCUGCUCAUGAUCCGCGCGGUUAUGACAGCACCAAAUGGUACCAUGUUGCAUGCUUCCCUACCUCAUCAUACCCAAUAUUUCCUGUGGAGAAUCUUAAGGGGUUUGAUUCUGUCAAGAAUAAUGACCGUGAGAAGUUGCUGGAGUUGGGUGAGAAUUACAAGAGAGAUGGCAAUGCAGCUGAUCAGUCGAGUGAGCCAAGCCUGAAGGAAGAAAUGGUUGACAGCACGAGGAUCUCUAAAGAAGGUUCUGAAAAUAAUCUGGAAGAAGUAAAGUUGUCUGCAGGGAACAAUAGAAUGCGCCCAGUGAUAUCCUUUUCAGUUUCUGAUACCAAUAAAGAUUACAAGGGUGCUACACUUCCCGCUCAUUGGAAGGCUUUUGAGACAGUUAUCUUCCGUGAACAGGAAGAUGGCCUUCAUGCUUCAGCUAAGAUUGCUGCAUUUGACUUUGAUGGGUGCCUUGCCAAAACUUCUGUGAGGAUCAUUGGUGCAGACAAGUGGUCUUUACAGUAUAAAUCAAUUCCAAAAAUAUUGCAAAGUCUGUACAAUGAUGGUUACAAACUGGUCAUAUUCACCAAUGAGUCGAACAUUGAUCGCUGGAAGAAUAAGCGGCAGGAAGCUGUUGACUCCAAAGUUGGACGACUCGAUAACUUUAUUGAGUGUGUUAAAGUCCCUAUGCAGGUUUUCAUUGCUUGUGGUUUAGGGCAAGGAAAAGGUACUCCAGAUGAUCCAUACCGCAAACCAAAUCCUGGAAUGUGGUGGUUGAUGGCUCAGCAUUUCAAUUCCGGAAUUGAAAUCGACAUGGACAAAUCUUUUUAUGUUGGUGAUGCUGCCGGGAGAGAAAAAGAUCAUAGCGAUGCUGAUAUAAAAUUUGCUGAGGCCAUCGGUUUGAAGUUUCACGUUCCUGAGGAAUACUUCGGUCCCUAGGAGUUCUGAGGUGAGGUCGAUUAGGGCAAGGUGGUUAUGCUAUGAUUGUAUGUAGUUUUUGGGUGUUGAGAAUACUAAAGCUAUCCUGAUGUGGAAAUCUGUAUUUGGCUGUUUAAACAGUCUAAUAAUAUCGCAGCUAAUCUGAUGUCGAGAUGUAGUGCUAAACUGCUGAGGUAAUGGCAUAAUGCAGCACUCGAGCCUU